AUGGAUUUGAAAGCGUUAAGUGUGGUCUGUCCUGGAGUGAAACCAAUAUGUUGCAAAAACCACAAACCCAGAACAGAGGAUUCAUUGGGCUGUAUUCUUGGACUACCUGCAUGCAUUAUUAUUAUUUGUGUCCUUCAUGCAAAGGAACGGCUGUGUGAAAAUGUUUUGAGAAUAACAUUGAGUGGUGUUAAGGAGAAAGACAAGUUUUGGGAUGCUGUUAUUAAAAUCAAGGGACUUGAAGGCUUACAGAAAGUUGAAGACGAAGAAUGGAAUGAUGUUCGUAUGUUUCUUCAUGGAAACACAUGUAACAUUCUUCUGAACAAUGUUGGAGUGAUGUCUCCGUUUUUCGAGAAGGAACAAACACAAAUGUUGUGGGACGCAUUGAAAUGCUUGUUGAAUAAUAUUGACAAGAAUGCAUCGGAUCAAGUCAUUUCGGAAUCAUUAUCGUUGUUUUGGAAUAUUUAUGUUGCUGCUGCUCAAGGAUUCCAAGGUAAAUGUUGGUACGCUCAUAUUUUAGCGAAACAUUUUUUAGCUCUCAAGUGCAGAGUCAGAAGUGUAAAGAUUAUAUUUUGUCCAAUACUUAGAGACUAUCUUGAACAUUUUUCAUCAAACGGAAUCAAAGUUCGGUCAGCUCUCGGAGACAAUGUUGAUGAUAACAAGGAUUUAUUGAUGGAGACAUUUUGUAAGAAACCAAUACCUACUGGUGUUCGUUCUACCAUUAAACUUGGCCAAAAAGGAAAACUAUUGGCUCAGGUUUUGUUCCGAAAGUUGAGAAUACUUUUUCUUUCCACUGUUCUUCCAAACACGUUCAUGCUUUGCCAGACAAAGAGAUUCAAGGAAAAGAGAAAGCAGGAAAUUGCUUCCGAUUACACUGUGAAGGUGAACGAUGAUGAAUCUAUUCUUCAACAACUUUGUUAUCGAGAGGAAGACACAACUGUAUUUGACAAAGCAUGUGGUUGUCUCGUUGUCUCAUUUGCAACUGAAACUGUACAAUUACUUGGCACCAAUCCAGUUCAAAAGCUUUUGGAUCAUAACUUUCCAUUUUGGCUACCCCUGACCUCAAUUCUCUCUGAGAGGUUGAACGCGAAUGCAACAAUUUAUUGA